AUGGAUGUCGACGCCGAGAUCGACGAACUCCUCUCAGUCGGUGGUUCUCGUAAGAGGAGCGAACCGGAUGUCGAAUCUGAUAUAGAGGCUGAGCUUGACCCACCUUCUGAGGUCGUCGAAGCGGAAGGGGAACAACCUGUCGGGGAUCUCGAACAAGGUGUACAAGGGUCUGGAGAGGUGAAAUGUUUGUGGGGAGAAUGUGAUAAGACUUUUGAAAAGGGAGAAGAGUUGGUUCAGCAUAUGCAUUCGGAUCACGUAGGUGUUGGUCAAGGAAGCAUCAAACAAGGAUUCCGUUGUGAAUGGAGAGGUUGUCCUCGAAAGGGACAAAAACAAGCUUCGAGACAUAGUUUGAUCACUCAUACUAGAGCACAUACGGGUGAAAGACCUUAUACAUGUUCUCAUCCUGGAUGUGGUAAAUCCUUCACUCGAUCCGACGCCAUGCAAAAACAUUUGAAAUCACUACACGGUCCCGAUUCUCAUCUUCGUAAACGUCCUGGUCCCCCACCCCGCCCCGCCUCCCAAAUCUUGACCGGUAAUCUCUACUCCGCUUCAUUCUGGUCAUCACCAGGAAUGAUCGAUUUAAUGUCUGAUCCUGAUCUCGCACCUACCCUCAUGGCACUUCGUUCUCGCGAUCCACUUUGGCCUCCAACACCAGCUGAAGAAGACGCUCUGGAAAGUGUUCGAAAAGCUCAACCUGGACCUCGACCUAAAAAACCUCGAUCUGAUGGAAUUAGAGUCGGAUCUGAAGUCAGGGGUGUGAAACGUGAAUUAGGAGACGACGGUGAAAGACGGAUGAGAAAUCGUGAUCGUGAUGAUGAGACUGGAAGUGACUUAGGAAUGGUAGGAACAGAAGAUCGGGAAGAGAGGAGAGGUAACAGGGAAGGAGAAUUGGGAAAAGAGGAAGAAAUAAAUUCUGAAUUGGACGAUUUUGAUGAAGGUGUAGGAAACGUGUAUCAACAUAUACCACCUAUAAUCGGUAUGGUACCAGAUCCAGAUGAUCCGGAAAGAGAAGUACCUGUUUAUGGAAGAAGUAAAUGGCAAGUCAAAUGGUUGAUGGCAAAAGCAAAGUUCAUGUUGCUAGUUGAAGAAAAUCAGAUGCGAAGAAUGGAUUUGAACGAUGUUAGGUUAAAGGAAGAAGAGUUGAAAAAGAUUCAUGGGAUCACCGAAUGA